GUUAUUUGAUAAACUGAAAAGGUAAAUUUUAACAAAAUAUCGCCAUGUUUGCAAACUUAGUGGGUUGCCAACAGUUCAGGUUAUAAGAAGAACAAGGUACAUUUUCUCUUGGAGAAAACGCACCCUAGAAAUUGGUAACUGUAAUCAAAGAAAUGCAUGCUGCGAUGUCUAGUUUAAUGAGGGACCACCAGUAACUUACCAAUGGGCAAAAUUAGUAAGGUGUUGGUGUGUGGACACGCAGGAGUGGGGAAGACAGCAGCAAUUGAACAUCUCAUUUAUGGAACCCACAGUGUUGGCUCUCAAAUGUAUCCCACCAUAGAAGAUAUCUAUUCAGCUAUGAUUGAGACAGACCGAGGUGUGAAGGAAAAGGUGAUCAUUUAUGACACAGGCUCCCUGACUGAGAAUAAAUCAGAACUUCCUCGGCACUAUUUCUCAUUUCCAGACGGAUUUGUGCUUUUUUAUGAUGUUACAAAUAUGGAAUCCUUCCAAAAACUUGACAGAAUAAAAAAAGAUAUUGACCGCUUCAAAGAUAAAAGAGAGGUUCAUAUAGCAGUUAUUGGAAACAAAACUGAUUUACAAGAGGGAAGAGAAGUUGACAAAGAGAAGGCAGCAGCAUGGGCACAAAGAGAGAAAGUUAAACUAUUUGAGGGAACUGUCACUCAAAGAAAGACAAUUAUCGACCCCUUUGUUUGGAUUACCUCAAGGAUAACCCAACCCCCAAAAAUACUUAGGCUUAAACAUGUUAACAGAUCAAAACAAAGUCGCUGGCAAACCAUUGCAGCAAAAGGAAAGUAUGUUGCUGCACAACAGAAACGUUUGACAACAUUGCAAAUGUCUCUUCGAGAUUUGCCAGGUAAACCUGCGUUCUUGUCAGGUAGAAAGGGAAAAGGUGCUAAUAUUAACACAGACUGAAACGCAAUAAGCAGCAGAUGGAAGCUUUUACAGAUUUUAUUUAAUCAUUGUCUAGUCAUACGCUUGGUUAAUUGGAUGGUGUUGAAGAUGUCCUGUUGCCUAAAAAGACGUUUAUCAAAUAGCUGUUUCGUUGUUUUAUUUAGAUUAUAUGUUGUGAAUGUUAACUUUCCUCUGAAUUUUAAUGUAAUUCUUCUGUGCAGUUUGAUAAACCUUGCAGAUUGA